AUGGCGUCUUGGAAUUCAAGUUAUAUGGAAGUACUAUACUACGUUUUGGGAUGGAUUGCUUUUUGCGCAUGGGCAAUUUGUUUCUAUCCACAAGUCAUCUUAAAUUUCAGAAGGAAAAGUGUAGUGGGGCUGAAUUUUGAUUUUGCGGUGUUGAAUUUGACUAAACACACUUGUUAUCUGGUUUACAACGCCUCUCUCUUCUUUAGCUCCACCUUGCAGAGACAGUACCGCCAGAAAUAUGGCUUUGACCAGAUGAUACCUGUGGCUGCCAAUGAUGUAGCUUUCUCAAUUCAUGCUGUUUUGUUGACUGCUUUAACCUUGUUUCAAAUAGCCAUUUAUGAUCGUGGAAAUCAGAAGGUGUCAAAGGCUACUAUUGCAAUUGUUUCGACAACCUUGUUUUCAGCUGCAGUUUGUGUAUUUGCUGCUAUGCCUAGCCAUUCCUGGCUUUGGCUCGUCUCCUGCUUCAAUACACUGCAGGCCUUUUUUAACUUUCAACGUAAAAGCACAAUUGGAUUUAGCAUUGGCUAUGUUUUGCUUGAUUUUGUGGGAAGCACAACAAGUUUUUGUCAGAUGACUGUGGAAUCCAUAGAUCAAAGGUCCUGGGUGAACUUUUAUGGCAAUAUGGGCAAAAUUAUGUUAUCUUUGGUGUCUCUCUUCUUCGACAUUUUCUUUAUGUUACAGCAUUUUGUGCUGUAUCGUUCCAAGAAUAUGGCGGUUUCUCCCACUACAAAUGCAGAAGACAAGGCAUCACUACUUGAAACCUCUGAUCCUCACCCACAUCCAGAUCACGUAUAG